AUGAACUGGACUGGCGGCCAAUUGCGUCGCCAUUCUGAUCGCAAGGGCAUCCUCUCUCAAUUUCAGAGACAAAACUUUGCCAAGUCCCGCCAACGUGCCAAUGACCGAGGGUCUCGCCAGCCGGUUACCUUCCCGGGCUUUCUCAAUCUGAGGGACAGGCUCACAGUGGACGAGGGCACCGAACUGGUAGAGGAGAAGCAAGACGACUCCAGUCCACCACUCAACAUUCCUCUUCACAACCCCUCCAAGCACCGAUUUCUGCAAAGUUCCGACUGGGCUGCUGUAUCUUUAUCUCGCCCGCUGAGUAUCAAAUUCGCCCCGGCCGAGGAAGUCGAACGAUUUGGCAAACGGCGUAAAUUAAACGACGCCGACCGCCAACGCCUGUCCGCUGUCAACGGAAGACCGAUCCCAGCCCUCUUUCAUUCCCGUAGGAAAGCUCGAAGGCUUUCUUCUGAGCGAGAUAUCUAUUUAUCAGACCAGAUCCAGAUCCAGAUCGAUGGCCAACCGACUGAUCUGCACCGACAGUCCAAUAUCAGACCUGAAAUAACGCCAAGCCAUCGCUCAUCAGAAUCCAUUAUUCUCGGCCAAAGCAUUUCCGCGGCGCCCCGUUCUUCCGCCCAUACUCACCAACAGGACAAACUCAAAAGCCCAUGGCAAGGUCUCGGUGGUCUUCGCUCCAGCCUUGAUUACCCAACCAAUGCCUCAAGGGCCCUCUCGACCAUCCCAGAAACAAUCAUACUACAAGAUGCAACAUUCACGACUCCAUCCGGGAUCACUGUUCGAGGUCGAUCAUUUCACAAGAUAAACAACCAGAAUACAAAAUCAACUCAGCGUAACAGGCAGACUCUUACCCCUCCCGGGGGAACAAUCCGAUUCUACCGAGACCUUUCACUAUUGACGACCAAGUUCUUACAGAGCAAAGGGGUCUAG